AUGUUUGGAAGCGUUUUUGUCUUUGACAGUGACCCCAUGGGGUUGGGGGGAAGUCGAAACGGCGAGUGGACGAAGAAUGUUGACUUUUUUUAUUGUGCCUUUCUAUCCGCGUCUCUGCUGGGUGUUCUCUUGGCGUUCUUUGCCGAUGACGUGAGCUCCGGUUCACUCAGGUGGAGCUGGAUUGUCAUGGAGCUCCUCCCAGUGCCUCGGGUGUCCAGUUAUGUAGCAGUGAAAGACGUGGAAGGCGCUCUCGUAAAGGCAGCGAAACAGGCGUCAGGGAAGAGCCAAGUUUUUGCACAGAUUUUAACGGCGGCACAUGAAGGAACUUUGAAGGACCUGCUUGCCAAGUGGUUCUCGAAGCUACACAUUCGCUGUUGGUUCUACUGGCAAGCACUGAAACUAAAGCGUACUGCGGAGGGCCACAGGCAUAUGUUCUACCAGCUGCAGAAAGUCCUGCUAAGGCUCGAGAAUCGCAAAGGAGAAAAGGAAGUCCAGACCUACCUCGACAUCAAGCGCCACAUGAAGUCAAAAGAGCUCUGGCCAUUUGGCUUUCAAAUCAGCGAUGUGAGAAACCAAUACAUCACCUGCGAGGGUCUCAGUGCCUACCCCAUGAGCUCCUACAGCUACCUCGACUUCAUGCGAGAGCCUCUGUAUCUGCGUAAGGCGUACAUUGGUUUCCUUGUUUGUUCCAUGCUUAUGGACGGGUCCGCUCAUCAAUACGAAACGCAUUGGUGUGCUGUGGGAGUUUUUCGUCUUCAGGUCCAAGAGGCAGCACUCGCAGCCGCGCGUUUGUGGUCAACAGGGAACCACGGAGCGCGGAUGGUCGGGGGAAACACCACUAUUCUUCGUGAACUAGAGCAAAUUGUUGGACGUUUCUUUGGCCGCGAAGAUGCGUUGCUUUGUGCGACUGGAUUCUUGGCGACGAUGAGUAGCAUCUGUGCAGUGGCGAAGAAAGGCGACCUCAUUGUUGGUGAUGCUCGACUACACACGAGUUUGCGGGUAGGGAUGAAGUUGUCUGGAGCCAAAGAGGUGACUUUUCGCCACAACAACUGGCAGCACCUGGCACAGAUUCUCGGCAGCAUGCGCAGAAAGUACCAGAACUGCUGGAUCAUCAUCGAGUCGGUGUACUCGAUGGACGGCGACAUCGCCGACCUGCCGAUCGUGCGCCGCCUGGCCGACCAGUACAACUGCCGCAUUCUGGUCGACGAGGCACACGGCCUCGGGGUGCUCGGAAAAACUGGUCGCGGACUCGAGGAGCACUUCAAUAUGCCAGGGGCAGUCGACGUUAUUGCGGGGACGUUCAGCAAGUCGAUCGGCGGCAUCGGCGGCUUCAUCACGGGAGACAGAGAUUUGAUUGAAUUCCUUGAAUUUCAUGCUCCAGGAAGCGUCUUCUCCGCCCCGCUCACGGCCUACUCAGCUGGAGGCGCGAAAAAGGCUUUUGAGCUUAUGCAAGGCAAACAGAGGUGGAGAAUCGCGAAGGCGCAAGAAAACGCGCUAUAUCUGCGGCGCGCCCUGAGAACAGGGAAUGGAAACUGGCCAACUGACUACCCGGCAGACAGGAAGUACGAAGUCGAAGGAGCGGAUUGCACAACUGUCAUCCCCGUCGUGUUCCCGAACGACCCAUAUCGUUUGUGCGGCGUCACGCGAUCGCUCUUGUCUAAAGGAUGGGCUGUUGCAGCGGCGAUGCACCCCGCGUGUCCACUGAUGCGCCCACGCAUCCGCGUAACUGCUACUGCAGCAUAUACCAAAGAAAUUAUGGACAAGUUUGUCAAAGAUCUGGUGAAAACGACCGUCGAAUUGCUCCCGACACCUGAAUUGGAAAACGGGCCUAUAACGUUUUAG